ACGAAUAGAAACUGCAAACACUUAACAGAAAGAAGCAUGGAGGCAGACGAGGUUGCUUUAUAUGAUAGACAGAUUCGGCUAUGGGGGUUUAGUGCUCAGGAAGCUAUUAAACGUGCUCGGGUGUUGCUACUGACAGUGAGUCCAUUAGCAAAUGAAAUUGCAAAAAAUAUAGUUCUCGCUGGAGUCGGAGAACUUUGUUUUCAAGAUGAAAACUUAGUGACGGAUGAAGAUGUUGCUACACAAUUUCUGUUAGAUAAAUCCGAUAUCGGAUGCGGUAGGGCCCAUGCCGCUGCCAAAAAAAUUGCAUCUUACAAUCCACUUGUAAAAGUUACUGUUAACGAAAAAAGUGCAUCUACUCUUUCCCAAGAUGAAUUGGCCGAAUACAGUGUAAUUAUCGCUACCCAAUUACCGUUACAAACGGUGUUAACUGUGAAUGACAUGUCACAUAAAGCUGCAGUACCAUUCUACUUUGUCUCAGUCUUUGGAAUGUAUGGUUUCGCAUUUACCGACUUGAGAAAACACACAUUUAUCAUAGAACGCACUCAAGAAAAUAAGAAAGUACAAGAAGAAAAGUCUGUAAGACAAAAACCACUUUCGGAGGCAAUCCUUUGCGUAAUCGGUGACAAAAUCUCCAAACGCAAGGCAGCACGAAUAAGUCCUUGUCUUCCUGCUUUGCUGGCCAAACUAAAAAGCCCAUGUGCUGGUACAGAGGCCAUCGUUAACGAAGCUAUUCGCCUGCACUUAGAACCGGACAAACUCUUUCCCAAUACAUUCUUCGAGAGGUUUAUGCGGAAUUGUGAAUUUGAAUGGGCGCCCAUAGCUUCUGUUGUUGGCGGAAUCAUAUCCCAAGAUGCUCUUAAUGUUCUCGGAAAUCGUGAAUAUCCAAUGGAUAACAUUUGGAUAUAUGAUGGAGAAACGGGUUCUGGCCCUAUAUAUAAAUUUGAUUAAUAUUGAUUUUACGAUUUCUCAUUUUUGAAAUAACACGUUGCAAACAAUAUGCUUCCACUGCGUACGGGUGCGUUAUUUGUCAAAUUUCAUAUCCUUUAUAGCGAGUAUAAUAGCGAGUA